AUGGCGUCAAUGGCGCCGCUACGCCAAUUCAGUGCGUGUCUGCGCUGCGUGCGGCAGCCAGCAACCGGCGCCUUUGCCGCCAACGGCACCACCAUCCGCCUCCUUUCCACGACCCCGGCUGUGCGUGAAGAGCUACAGACGGAGAAGGGAACCUCGACUCCGCCGCCUCCUCCACCCACUCCUGCCUCGGCACAAGGAGAGUCGAGAGAUAUCCCGGAAUAUAUGAAGAAAUGGGGACGAUUGGAUCCCAACCGUGUCGAAGACAAGCGCGCAGAGCGACGUCUCAUCCGCAGAGAUGGUGUCUUGCCCAUUGGAUCGCGACGUCGUCGAGCCGCCAUCCGACGAUCUGCUAUGCGCAAAACCGAUGAGAUUCCCUUCGAACAGUUGCCAUACCAGUGUUUCCAGGAGGCGCGGAAGAUUCUGCUGGAAGACCGGCAAGAGAAGCUCAAACAGAUCGAAACGCAAAAACUGCGGUUGAAGAACUUGAUGGCACAGGACCCAGCUGUCAGCGGUGGGGAGAGGGCCAAGGAGGCGAGGAUUAAGAGCAUGAAGGAGCAUUUGAACGAGUUGAUUAUCUUGGCUGAUAUCAACGAUCCAAUCGUGAAGAAGAAGUUUGAGGAUGGACAAGGGGAUAUGAACAAGCCUAUUUACCGGUAUCUCGCUGACAGAAAGUGGCGGCAAUAUAAGCGUCCACUCCUGGAGCAGCGCCUCACUCAGAUGAACAUCGUGCCCGACUUCCUACCCGCGCUUGACACUGUCGUCGACAUCGAGCUUGCAUUCGGACGAAAAGUAAUCCAACCUGGGGAUUUCGUGGAUUCUAGUGUGAGCGAAAAAAUGCCCAGGCUCAGAGUACAGUCGUUCGAGCAGGGCGAGAAGCUGGUGUCCGUGGUCGUCGUCGAUGGAGAUGUACCUGUCCCGGAGAAGGAUGGGUUCACCUACCGAUGCCAUUUCAUCGCGUCGAACAUUCCUAUAUCACCCACUCAGACGUCCAUACCUUUCACCAUGAUUGGACAUAGGGACAGCAAGGCAACAACUCCCGCCGAGAAGCAGAUCGCUUUGCCUUGGUUGCCGCCAUGGGCUCACAAGGGUGCUCCCUAUCAUCGCCUGGCUGUUUUUGUGCUAGAGCAGAAGGAUGGUCAUAAGUUGGAUGUCACCGAGAUCAUGAAUACAAAGAGAGACGGAUUCCGUCUCCGCAGCUUCAUCGACAAGCAGCAGUUGAAACCGCUCGGAGCCACCCUCUUCAGGACACAAUGGGAUGACAGCAUGGCGGAAGUCAUGCGGCGAGCAGGUUUCGGCGACCAGGUGGAUGUUGAGUUUAAGCACAAGCGCGUCGAGCCGCUCCCCUAUAAGAGGCGGACGGAGAGAAUGCGGUAG